AUGGUCCCCGAGUUCUUGGAUCCGCCGUCAUCACCACAGUCUCCGUGGCCGUGCUUAGCGAUUGGUUUCACUGACGUCGCGCCCUCGCUUCGCUUCAGGUAUAUGCAUGGGAGGAUCUCAAUCGGUGGCGCCAUCAUUCCCCUGAUCCUGCGCACGCUCUUCUCCAAUACGGCUGGACCUGGACCAUUUGCGUCCAUCGCCUUCAUGUCGUUUGCUACGUGGGCCGAUCAAACGUCGAUUGAGAGCAUUCUGAUAAUCUCGUCUCUGUUCCUGGCGGGAGCCGUCUUCUCCUUCGAGUGGAUGACUCUCCUCGGAAAUGUCCUCCCAGGCUUCGUCACCUAUCUAGUCGUCCGACUCAACAUCUUACUAUCCCUCGUCGUCGUGGCCCAGAUUAUCAUGGCAGCAGUCUGGCUACCUCUUGGAUCCCGCGACGUCGCGGCGUUGUAUGCCGUGGUGGCUUUCUUCGGGUUCAGCUCGGGCGGAUGGUUUUCCCUGGCGCCUGUUUGUGCAGGCCAGCUAUGUCACGCGGAGGAGUACGGACUUUUCUAUGGGACUGUGUACUGCGUUGCUGCGUUUGGGGUGUUGCUUAUCGUGCCGGUGGUGGAGAGCAAUUGCAGCCUACGACACCACAGAUGCUGGUCGGGUUUUAUUCACGGUGUUGUUGAAUUGACCUGCGUGGCUUUGUUGAGAUUGGCUUUAUUGAAUUGGAAUUGGAAAUGGAAGGUCAAAGUUUGA